AUGGCCUCCAACCCGCAACCGUUCGACGUGGACGCCAUUGUGCAACUUGUAUUAGAGCAAUCCUAUCUCAGCCAAUGCGAUCCAAGCACACUGAUGCAACAACUGAGCGCUCGCGCAGCCGCCGCCAGUGCCACCCGUGCCACCCAUCACACCAUCUCACCGCUUGCCUGCCAGUUCGUCGAAAAGUGGGUUGCGCUGCGCGAUCAGGACCCAAGUACGCAGACGAAAGAGUUUGGAACUAUGCUCCAAACUCCACUCCCUCUUGGCAUUGUCAAGCGGAACCAGACAGGCAGCAUGAUCAUUGAUCCUUUCCUCCUCAAAACGGUCGGCGAUACACAUACUCGAUUGGCCAAGCAACUUGGCUGCGGCACCUCCAACCCCCAACGCAGCAAAAUCGUCGUCAUGAUCCAGGCGAGUGGAUCGGGCAAGACGCGUGCCAUGUUUGAUCUCCGUGACGACGGCGUUGUCGUUCUCAUCCGCCUCUCGUAUAAGCAAGAUCAACUGACGCCCCAAACCGAGAGUCUCACGAGAUACUUGCGCGACAUACACCGCGAGGCGAGCUCCCUUGCUUACGAGCACCGCUCGCACGACUCCGAAGCCGCCGUCCCGAAGGAUGUCAAGCUCCACCUCCGCAAGCUGGCUCAACUUGGGCUCGAUGCCAUCCGACUCUUUGUCUUUGCACACGUCGAAUGGCUGCUCGCCGUCGUUGACGCAUUGCAUGAGCACCACGCCAGUCUGUCUCUCGACCUGGAGUUGCGUGUCCUGUUGCUGCAGGCACUCGAAAAUAGCUUUGGUUCGGAUGGCGUCUCUACCAUUCUCGAAGAAAAUCUUGCGCGGCUCAAGGGAGACUGGCCCCCUGACCAGAUCAAAACGCACUGCAAGAAUGUUAUGAAUCGCUUCCGCGCAGCUUGCUCCGAGGAGACGCCCGUUAUCUUUGCGUUCGACGAGGUCGGUAUGCUGCGUGGUGCCGAAGGCCUGUUCUACCACUGGGACGACUUUGAAUCGGGACUCGAGCUGGAGCACAUCGAGGAGCUCGUAACCAGACGCCACAGGACAAAACGUAGUUUCAUCUGCGACGCGCUCUAUGGCCUCCGCCUCGUCUUCAACUCGCUGGAUCAGCGCUACGACGUGCUUGUCGUUGCGGCAGAUACUAACUCUGCCGUCCGCCAGCUCCGCAGUGCUGGCGGGUCGUCGCCUCUCAACGCGGGCGUGUCGUUCUUUGAGCCAAAUCAUGCUGUCAGCGCCGCUGAGAUGUUUGAUGUCUUACGACACUACUUUCGCCUCGAUCCAUCGCACAUCAAUGACCUCGAGCCUUAUUUGAACAGGUUCAACGGCCGCCCGCAUUUCUUCUUCUACACAUUCUUUGAAGACUUUGUGUUGUUACUGCGGAAGCGCAAACCUGCCACACAGAUCGAUUUGCUCAAGUGUAUUGCUGACGCCGCGGUCACCGGUUGUAGUACUGCCAUCGCCAACUUCCAAAGGGACGUUCUGGAGCCGCGAACCUCGACGGAACAUCCGGAGCAUCCUUGCUUGAUACGCUUGCUUUUCGAGUACUUUAUCCGUGGCAACGUUGUCCGCCUUUCUCCCGAGAUUCGCAACCGCUUGCGCGACUCGAGUUUGCUCUUCAUGGUAGGCGUCAUCAAAACACCUUCGCCUCCAUCCAUGGAGGACGAUGGCUCGGUGGAGGACGAUGGCUCUCUCCUCGGCUUUGACAUUUUUAGUGCGGUGGCGAGCUCUACACCGGUCGCGCCCGGUGACACGAUCGAAGUGCCACCCCUCGCCCCGCUUAUCGAUGGGUCCUCGCCGUCCAUGAGUCACAGUCAUGCCCAGUCGCAGACGUCGGUCGCUUCGUCCUACCAACUACACCGCGAGUACAUUGUGUGCAUUGCCCUCGAGCAACUUGUUUCCAGCAUGCUGGGCAACGCCCGGGAUCCGAUCAUGGCGCACGCCAUUGAAAGCGCCGAACUGCGCGCCUCUCGCUCGAAUGCGGGAGAUGAGUGUGAAGAUGUGCUUGCCUGGGCCAUGAUACGUUCAGUGCUGCGCAGCCCAAAUGGAACUGUCUCUCUGAAAGACUGCUUGAAGCUUGCCCUCGUCUCGGACUUUGUCUGGCCCGCUUGCUUAGACGACGUGUUGGUUACUGGGCGAUGUGCCAGGCUCGCCCAUUCCGGCAAAGCCGCCUAUCGUCUGGUGGACAAGUAUCCAAACGCCAUCAUCCUGGGCGGCGUCAGCCGUAUCGACCUGCACGUUCCUUUGGUGCGCAACGGUACUCGCGGGCAGCUGUCUAUCCAGGUCAAGACGGGUUCCGGAAAACUGGAUGACGCGCUGUGCUCCGUGUCGCCCGGCUGUCAGUUUGCGCCAAGAGCCACUCGGCUUAUCAGAGCUGCAUCGACGGAUUCGACCAUCAACCCAACGAAUACCCUCACGGAUGCCGACAAGAAGGCGAUUUUGGAAACCGCUGAAAGUCGUAACGAGUAUCGUGCAUGGCUUGCGAAAACUUCGUUGGAAUCUCUGUGGGUUCGUGCCAUUUUUUCGACCUCUCCGUUCCCGAGUGAUUUUGUCAACGGCGUUAACGAUCACAACCAACAACAUACCCUCGAACCCAUUCUGCUAAUCGGUCCGUUUGCCGAGAUGAGUGACACGUUGGCAUUCAAGUCCAAUCGAUCUAAGCCACUUACAUGGAACGCGGCAGAUGCCUGGGCACUGCGUUUGCAGAGUACAGGCCGCACGUUUGUAUGA